AUGGCCGUCACGACCUCAACAGAUCACAGAGUCCGGUUCAUAGCUGGCGUGUUAUUGACGACAAUCCCACUAUGGCUUCUGGCUUGGCACUUCCGAGUACACAAUCCCCUAUUUGUCAGUCGCCAUAUACCGAUACACAAUGCCUGGACAGUAGACCGCGAGACCUUUAUCCAAGAAUGGAUGGAGAACCAGAUUGGCAACCCACCGAAUCGAUCAGCCAUCUCUUAUCUAUGUCGCAAACCAGAGAUCAAGUGGCGACCGAGCGUUGUGAUGGACCUAGAUGAUGCCAACGGUGGCAUUGGAAAUGUUCGAGGCAACAUCUUCGACUUCCUGGGCUUGGCCAUCUUGACUGGAUCGUCAAUCAUGCUGCCCAGCUUCCAAUCCAGAUCAGCCGAGGACCUGAGCUCUCUUUGGAACGGCAAGAUACCAUUCACCACUUUCUUCGACACGGAGCACUUUGUAGCCACCUUUGCAGCAGCAUGCCCCAAGAUGGAAAUCUACAUGCCAUCGACCAACCACUCUCUGCUUCCUCCACUAACAAAUCGAUAUGGCAUGCCCAGCAUGCGACAAGACCUGUGGCCAGAGACUGUGGGCACGGAAACCCCAAACACACCAGAGGCAGCCGUGAAAAACUUUGAUAGUUGGUUAUCCGCACAACCAGACAAGUCUACAGAAACAACACUAGUCAGCGUAGGCCGCACCCUCUGGGAGGGCCUAGACACACGCGCGCUUCCUACAGCCGUACGCAGAGACUUUGGCAACUCCCUCCGCCUGAUUCCUGAAGUACGCAGACUGGCCGCCAUCGUCACCUACAACCUAGCUCUGAAAUACCAUCUCCACACCAUCGACCCUCGACUCCCCUACUACCCUUCUUCCUUCCUAGGCGCACACCUACGCACCGAAAACGAUGCAAAAGCUGCAGGGUGGCUAGACAAUGAAGCAGCAGCCGCACACGCAAAUUACACCGGUCAAACAGAUGCCUACCUUUCCCAAGCCCUCGAGCACAAUCUGCCCAUCAUCUACGUCGCCAGUGGCAACGCCACCGAAACAUCUCGUUUCGCAGAAAAAGCAUGGUCACUGCAUUCCAUCAACGUAACCUCCAAAGCCUCUUUACUCACUGGCCCGGACCUUGCAGCUUUGGAAGCACUGACUUGGGAUCAACAGGGUCUAGUGGACUAUGAGGUCUUGAGGAGGUGUUCGAGUUUGGCAGGGUUUGCGAGGAGUAGUUUUGCGUUCAAUAUUGCGAUUACGAGACACGAGUUUGUGGAUGUGAAUAGAGAGGUGUUGAGAUUGAGACCGGAAGAUGUUAGGAGGGAGGAUGUGGCGUUUGAGGAUGGGCUGAGUAAGAUUUGGGGACGGUUUGAGUGGCAGGAGGAGAGGAUGUUGAGGGGUGCUUGGCCUUGA